AGUGUCCGACUGGAAGGGGGGGAAAGUGUCCGGACUGGAAGGGGGGGGAAAGUGUCCGGACUGGAAGGGGGGAAAAGUGUCCGGACUGGAAGGGGGGGAAAGUGUCCGGACUGGAAGGGAGGGAAAGUGUCCGGACUGGAAGGGGGUGAAAGUGUCCAGACUGGAAGAGGGGGAAAGUGUCCGGACUGGAAGGGGGAGGGAAAGUGUCCGGACUGGAAGGGGGUGAAAGUGUCCAGACUGGAAGGGGGGGGAAAGUGUCCGGACUGGAAGGGGUGGAAAGUGUCCGGACUGGAAGGGGUGGAAAGUGUCCGGACU